UGUCAGUUGCCGACCGCGCGUAAGAACAAACUUGUACAAAAGAAAGCUACACCCGUAUUUGACCCCAAUAUAUUGUCAAAAUAUUACAAAAAGAACCGGGACAUAUUUUAAAUAUGGUGUUAAUCGGUCCGUGUGUGUAUUAUUGAAUUUCUGUAGUGCCUGUUUGGUCAGGAAGUUGUGUUUGUAGUUAGUACUGUGAACUGCCAGUGAGCUCGAGCUCGCAAUCUCACGUGAGUCUCUGCAGAUGGAGAACUUUAUUUUGUAUGAAGAGAUUGGGAGAGGUAGCAGAUCAGUUGUUUAUAAGGGCAGAAGGAAAGGCAGCAUACAUUUCGUGGCCAUCAUCUGCAGUGACAAAUCCAAGAGACCUGAAUUAACAAACCAUGUGAGACUUGCCCAUGACAUUAAGCAUGAAAAUGUGGUAUCUUUCUAUGAAUGGUAUGAGACCAGCAACCAUCUGUGGCUGGUGGUGGAGAUGUGCACAGGUGGAUCCCUGGCAGCACUGAUCGCUCAAGAUGAGUGCUUGUCUGAGGAUGUAGUGCGAGAGUUUUCCAUUGACCUGAUAAAAGGUCUUAAAUACAUCCACGACUCUGGCAUUGUUGUCUCGGAUCUCACACCUGCGAAGAUUUUGUUGGAUGGACCAGGAACUCUAAAGUACUCCAAUUUCUGCCUGGCCAAAGCUGAAGGAGAAAGUCUGGAGGAGUUUUUCUCUCUUGUGAUGGCAGAGGAGACAGGAGCUGGAGACUGUAUCUCUCCACAAAACAUCAAGAACAGAAUUAAAGGCUCUCCUGUGUAUUGCGCUCCAGAGGUGUUGAGAGGAGCAGACUCCAGUGUCUGCAGUGACCUGUGGGCGUUAGGCUGCAUCCUUUAUGAAAUGUUCACAGGAAAACCUUCCUUUGUCUCUGAGAGUAUGACCGGUCUAGUUGAUCUAAUUUUAAAUGAAGAUCCUCCACCCCUAAGACAAAAAGAACCUGCUUUCUCACAGCCCAGUGUAGAGUUUGAGAGGCUAGUCAUGGGUUUACUUCAGAAAGACCCAGUGAAAAGGUUAAGCUGGGACCUUUUAGUAGCUCAACCGUUCUGGAGGGAAGUGUUUUCAGAGGCACACAUCACAAUGGGAAAAGGGCAGGAUGACGUCUCGCUUAUAUCCAGCCUGCAUUUGGCCCCUUUGGCUUCUCAGACAGCAGAGGAGUCACAGACAGCAUCUGCUGACCCAGCCAGCCCAAACCUCAGCAAGUCCUUCACAUUAGAUAAUGUGAUUGAGUUUAGACCAAAGUCUGCGCUGGACAUUGAUUCCAAAGAGGCCAUUUUCCUUCUCAGCUCCAGACCAACUCCCAGAACAAGCUCUAGAGAGAUGGAAGACAAUCGGCCUGCAAUUCAAGAAUCCAGUGUCAUGGUGGAGGAGCAGAGUGACUUGAACACUUGUAUUAAAUCACUUUUAUACACGGAUAAUGACCUUGCAGUUACUCCCAUCAUGGAUAACCCAAAGAUUUUAAAGACUGCUCCAGUUCGUUUUGACCCCAAAACGCUUUGUGUACCAGCACACUCAGCUGAACGGUUGUCCUGUCUGAACUCAGAGGACUGGUCUCAGUUUUUACAGCAGGUGUGUGCUGUUCUGGAGUCAGUGGACCGGGCCGGAUCAGCCAACGCCACAGCACCACGCACUAAACUCAACCUACUGUGUUACCUCUGCUCUGUCUGUAACCACAGUGAGAUGGCCACACAUCUUAUACACUCCCAGCUGUUCCCUGUCCUGGUUCAACAGAUGCGACAUGCUCCGAACUGGGAUAUAAGGAGCAAAGUGAUGAGAGUGAUCGGCCUGCUGGCCUCCCACUGCACAGAGCUCAGAGACGACGUUCCUGUCACAGAGGCGGUGGCCAUGUUCACAGAACUGAUCCGAGAGAACUUCAGGAGCAGCAAAUUGAAGCAAUGCUUGAUUCCACCACUAGGGGAGCUGCUGUAUCUCAUUGCUACACAGGAAGAGAAGAAAGAGCGCCCAGGAGGAUUGUGGGUCGUUCCUGCUGCCGCCUACACCGUGUUAAUGAGGUGCCUUCGGGAAGGGGAGGACUUGGUGGUGAACCACAUGGCUGCCAAAAUCAUAGAGAAUGUGUGCAGCCGAGAGUCUCAAUACGCCCAGGGAUUCAUCACUGCAGAGGUGGGACCUGCACUCUGGUUUCUGUUCACACACUCCACAGUGGAUGCACUCAGGGUCAGCGCUAUAUCUGCUCUAUGUAAAAUAACACGCCAAUCUGCUGGGGCCUUCCAGAGCGUGAUUGACAAGGUGGGAUUACCCAGCAUCCUCAGCUGCCUGGUGUCAGGCAUCAGCCGUGUCCAGCAACACAUGCUCACUAUGUUCGCUGCCAUGUUAGCAUCAGGAGCACAUUCCCACAGAUUGGUACAGGACCGGGACUUUGUUAUGAAGAUAAUCCGCUCUCUGGAGAGUCCGUCUUCUGUCAUCCGUGCCAAGGCCUUUCUCGUUCUUCUGCAGGUCCUUAUGCACAACAGAGAGAUGCUUCUGCUCUGCUGUAACUCCAGGUAA